CACAUGGAACCAGAGAAUAAUACAAAAAUUUUGGAAUUUCUUCUUCUGGGAUUUUCAAAGGAACCAGAAUUGCAACCCCUCAUAUUUGGACUUUUCCUCUCUAUGUACCUGAUCACUGUAUUUGGAAACCUGUUCAUCAUCCUGGCCACUAUCUCAGACUCCCACCUGCAUACACCCAUGUACUUCUUCCUCUCCAACCUGUCCUUUGUAGACAUCUGUUUCACGUCCACCACCAUUCCAAAGAUGUUGGCAAACAUCCAAACGCAGAGCAAGGUCAUCACUUAUGCAGGUUGCAUCAGCCAGAUGUACUUUUUUGUACUUUUUGCAGUAUUGGACAGCUUUCUCCUGUCUGUGAUGGCCUAUGACCGGUUUGUGGCCAUCUGUCACCCCCUUCGCUAUACAAUCAUCAUGAACCCCUGGCUCUGUAUGUUGCUAGUUUUGUUCUCCUGGGUCAUGUGUGUCCUGACUUCAUUAUUACAUAGCUUAAUGACAUUGCAGCUGUCCUUCUGUACACAUGUGGAAAUUGCCCACUUUUUCUGUGAACUUAAUGAGGUGGUCCACCUUGCCUGUUCUAACACAUUUUUAAAUGACAUGGUCAUGUAUCUUGCAUCUGUGCUGUUGGGUGGUGGUCCCCUCACUGGAAUUCUGUACUCUUACUAUAAGAUAGUUUCUUCGAUUCAUGCAAUCUCAUCAGCCCAGGGGAAGUACAAAGCAUUUUCCACCUGUGCCUCUCACCUCUCAGUUGUCUCCUUGUUUUAUUGUACAAGUCUAGGCGUGUACUUUAGUACUGCUGAUGAUAAAAAUUCUCAUCCAAGUAUAGCAGCCUCGGUGAUGUACACUGUAGUAACCCCCAUGCUGAACCCCUUCAUCUACAGUCUCAGGAAUAAAGACAUAAAGAGAGCUCUGAGAAGACUCACUGGGAAAGAAACUAUUAAAUGA